AUGACGCGCCGGCCCUAUAUUACUCCUUUACAACUGCGCUCAUCCUGGAGACGGAUCCGACGGAAUUGCUCAGACCGCCGGAAACUGCUCUGGAAGCUUCUGUACCCGCUCCCAUGGCACUUCCAGCCGAAACCGCUUCCAUCAACCCACGAUGUGCUCACGGCCAACGCCAGGGCAACAGAACCCGUACCCAGCGCGUCCCUACUACAACGCAACUUCCUGCAACUCCGUGCCAUUCCUCUCUUCUGCCUCCGGGACACGCCACUCUGCUCGCUCUACCGGCUCUACGAAGAGUUAUGCAGCGGUGAACUCGUCUUUCUAGAUUACGAGUCCUCCUACUUCUUCUUCCACAACGAGCCGUCGUGGCGACUGUCCCAGAUUGCAGACCCUAAGGAUCCGGAUAUUGGUCGAUACACUGUGCUGGCUAGUUUUGUUGAAGCCCUCGUUGUCGCGUUUAACUGGAAGAUUGAGCAAGGACUGCGACGAAAGGGCACGUAUGCCUUAGAAAUGGGCGACAACGAUGAUUACCAGCUCUUUCUCGAAGCACCUCCUAGCUGGACGAGCCGGGUUAAGCCUCUGGCGGAACCACUUGACCUAAUGCCCCUAAAUUGCAAGGACGGGACAAAUCCAACCUUUCAAAAGAGAAAUAUUAAGGCGCCGAUGGGGUAUUUGUAUAGUGUGUAA